AGCGGCCUUCGGUUCAGCACGUUUUGACUUUGUGUACCUAUCAUGACUACGUUUGGUGCAAAGCUGGAACAUCUUUUAUGUUCCAGGGCUGAGAUAAUCAGCCGAAUGCACAGACCCCCACCAGCUGAAGGGAAUGAUUUAGAACGCCUUCUGAACUUACCUCCGAACACAAACCCAGCAGUACAAGCGCCACCACCCAAUGUACCAGUUUGGCCGGAUGAACAGGCAGCAGCAUUUUGUGCAGUUGCUCCUCCUAUUGAAACAUUCAUGGAUGUUCCUGAUGAAAUUCGCCGGGACCAAUUUUAUGCUGGUGCGAACCUCUAUUAAACCACGGUGGGGAGUUCUUUGGUGUAGUUCAAGAGAUGUCCAAUGCAGUAAUUUUAAUAUAUAAAUUUCUGGAUACAUCUCAAGACAUUUCAAUGGGGUGUCCCGAUUCUAUUGUCCAAUCCACAGAGGAUGCUAAGUGUAUAAUAUCUUGUAUAUUUGCUUUCCAGAUAUUUGGGCUGACACAUCGUUAUUGACAACGAUAUGCAAAUCAAGAACUAGAGCUGCAUGAUUACUCUUACCUAAGAGUGGUAUAUAAUAAAGGCUUAUUAUGUCAUCCCCUAACGGGUCAAUAUGCCAUCUAGUAAGGAUAAUUUGGGGUCUGUGUUGUACCUAGUUGCUCCUCCCACAUGUUGCACCAGGGAACAUGCGAUAACCACAUCAACUAGUUUAUGUUCGAAAGGAUUUUGUGACAACCCAACCCUCAGAUUUUUCCAGUCUAUUUGCACCACAUGUCGACGUGAUGAUGUAUUAGUGGGUGUUAUCAGUGUUAUACAGGAUUCCGGUCUUGUAGUCUCUGUCCUGGCAUAUGAUCAAGGACCUCGGCGGGAUUUUGAAGGUCUAAAGAUCACGGGCUUUUGUCCGUUGAGACAACUUCCGCGAUAUAAUGCUCACGGAAACGCUUUGGAUGCUUUUCAAAUCGGUGACAAAGUUCGUGCAUUUAUUCUUGACAUUCAUGGAGGUGGACGUCUGAUAUUAAGCAUGAAUGCGAAGAUGCUUAAUCGUGAUACUUAUGGGGAUCUGAAACUUGGUAUCAUAACUGAUGAUGAUAUGCCUCUAUAUUACAAGAAACUUCAGAAUUUGGAUGGCAAAUCGUAUGAAGCCUAUCUUGAAUCAACACCACAAUUUCGCAACCCAGAUGGCCUUCAAGUUCUGUGCGCACGCAUGGGGAUACCACGUUCGUCAGCAUGUAGUCUUCUCUUUUGUAUUAAUAAAAUCCGAUUACCAAAAUCAGAGAUGGCUUGUGAGCUUAGACGUACCCAGUUGCUGAAUUUUUCAAUGAAACAUGUCGCCCAAGGUGUAAAAUAUUUCAAGGAAAGCCGAAAUACUGAAGCUUUACAGUGUUACAAUUUUGCAAUUGAAGUUGAACCAACUAAUCCUGACGCCUAUGUUGCCCGUGGUGCUCUCUAUGCCUCAAUCGGUACGUACACAAAGGCAGUGGAGGAUUUGGAGAAAAGUCUUGAAAUCCAACCAAAUCAUGUUAAUGCUAAAAAUUAUCUGGUUCAGACGCUAGUUGCGUAUGCUGGCGAAAUUGGGCGUAAGGAAAUAAGCAAGGCAGAACAAUUAAUAAAUCGGGCACUUAAGUUGGAUCCUGACAAUAAUGAAGCCCGAGAUGCACUGAAAGAACUUCAAACUAACGGAUCUUUCUCUACUAACAAGGAUGCUGGUUUGCGAUCCUGGUCACGAACGCCUUCUCCACGCGGUUCAAGUCGAAAUGUGGGUAAUAAACGUGACCACACUCCUCUUUCUCCAACUGCAGUUCGUCCAAGUGCGGGUUACGCCACUCAUAUGGAACGUAGUAGAGCUGCUCUAGAACAGCUUGUUGAAGAAGAUCGUAGUCGACGUGCUGCUAAAGAGGCUAAUCGUCAAAACCACGCACCUGACCAAAGCCCUCCAGGAUUUUUGUCUCCCAAUCCCUCUCAUGAACGACGAAGAGGAGAUUACUAUCGCGAUGAUAUAAAAUCUGCUGGUGGUGGUAAUGCUGCUAUGGACAAAACGAAUAUGGAUCGUGGUGACCUGUCUAAAAUUGUAAUUACUCGCAACCGAUCCGGACGUAUUAUACGCUGCAAAGAUGAUGACGAGAUGGGUGAUGAGUCAAACAGGUCAGAAGGCUUAUGGAAACGUUCCUAUGAUGAUAAUCGAAAUGGUCCAGAUAAUUCGAAAAGAAGCCGAGCAGAUGGGGAAUCAGAAUAUCGAAGCACAAGACGAGUAUUUACACCUCCACGAAAUGCACGUGAAGGAGAACAUGGUUCUCUUACUGUAUAUGAGAAUGAAAAUGAUCUUCCUAUGACUUCUAAAAGUCUUCAAGAGCGUGUUCAAGCUCGUUUACGUGCCAUAGAACGACGCCACCAACUGGAAGAAGGAAACAAUCCUGGAACUACUGAAGUUACUAACGGCGCACCUACUGGUCAGGAUAAAAAUCGUGAAGGUUCUCUUGCAGUCGGAGAUGAUGCCCCACCAUCUGAAUCUCCUAAAGGUGAUCGAGGACACUUUCGUGGGAAUGGUCCACCAAGUGCUGAUCGUCGAUCAGGUGGCUCAUUUCAGCGUCCUGAAUAUCAUGGUAGCCGCGGCAGUGGAUAUUAUGGGAGAAAUCGUCCUCGUGGAGGUCCCCGAUGGCGUAAUCAAUGGGAUGAUUAUCGUUUGCGCCGAAAUAACUGGCAUAAUCAUCGUUAUGAUGACCGUAGACGUGAUGGCCCAUCGGCUAGAUCGGGCAGUGCCAGUAACUUUGAACGUCGCAGAAAACGUUAUGGAACAUCUGGAUCUGCUGAGCGCUCACCUCGGUCUUCUCGUUCACGUUCGAGGUCACGAUCACACGUGUCUAAAAGUCGAUCACGUUCAUAUUCUCGGAGCCCUCGAUCAUCACCUCGAUCACCAUCACAUUCACCAAUUCGACCUGGUGCUCGUGGAAGAGUAAUAUCUCGUGCUCGCAUAAAAACUCCCCCUCUUGCCCCACUAGUUACAAGUUUCAGACGUAGUGAAUCAGAUGAAAACCUAGCUGAAUUAGACCAAUUUGUUGCACAGUUGAAGGCUAAAAGACAAUUACAACAGCAAUAUCAACAGCAACAUUACAUGGCUCAGUUCCAAGAGAUGCAAGGUCCGAUAGUCAACACUGCAGUUGUUUCUCAAACUCAGCAAGAUUAUCAGCAAAUGGAAUUAGAAUCUGGACAAAAUAGUCCAUCUAAAGAUGAUGGUGCUCCUGCAAAUAAUGAAUGCCUUUAUUCAGAUAAAGAUGAUACACAAAAUGAUUACAACUAUAGUCGUCAUCAACAGGAUUCCCCAGAACCUCCUCAAGCACAAUCUCCACCUCCACUUGAUGAUUCUAUGAGGGAAGAUAAUGUUAUGGAGAACGCGGCUUAAUGUGUUUUUGAACAUGUGUAGAAUUUUUCAUGAAUCACUGUAUUUUUUUUGCAUCUAUUAUUCCAUUCUGAAUUUUAAGCCUUUUAUUUGAGACAUUCUGUGGAUAAAAAAAUUUAUCAUGUUCAUUGUUUGUUCAUCUCUAAUGAUAUUAUGAAAUGAACAAAUUUCAAUCAAUAUAAAUAGAGCAAAAUUAGUCUCUAUUAUA